AUGUACAACAUAGAUAAAAUCCGAAGAAAGGAGUACAAGAACCUCAACAAAACUUGUUACCUCGACUAUGGAGGUACCACUCCCUAUGCAAAGUCCCUUGUCAACGACUCGGCAAAGCUCUGGAAGUCUGGCCUUUACGGUAACCCGCACUCUCAUUCUGCAUCUUCCGUACUGGCCACAGAAUAUGUCAACCGAGCACGUACCCAUGUGCUAGAGUUUUUCCGCGCAGACCCUGAACACUUUGACGUUGUAUUUGUGGCGAAUGCGACGGCGGCGAUAAAACUGGUAGCCUGUAUCUUUCAGGAGAAAGGGUUUUGGUACGGAUUUCACGGAGAUGCACAUACUAGCCUAGUUGGCAUAAGGGAGCUUGCUCGCAAUGGGUAUCAUUGUUUCUCCUCUGAUAACGAAAUGGAAGCAUGGAUUACCUCGCCUGUCUCAUAUGAAAAUGGUGUACCUCAACUACCAGUUGAGCAUAGCGACAUAUACCAAGAGAUAAACGACGCUGGCUUUCUCAAGCUAAUAGGAUACCCGGCACAGUCAAACAUGAACGGACACCGAACCCCAAUGGACUGGGCUCAUCGCAUCCGGAAGAGGGCCUGUGUUUCUGGGCAGGCAAUUUAUACUCUUCUUGAUGCCGCCGCAUAUUGUUCCUCCUCACAGCUGGAUCUUUCGAAUCCGGAGACUGCUCCCGACUUCACAAGUUUCAGCUUUUAUAAGAUCUUCGGCAUGCCUGAUAUUGGGGCGCUGAUAAUACGCAAAGAGUCAAGUCCUAUUCUCAUGUCCCGUCGCUAUUUUGGCGGAGGAACUGUGGACAUGGUCAUAGCGCAUGGCCAUUUCCAUGCAAAGAAAACCGAAAGUAUUCAUGAUGUUUUAGAGGAUGGUACAUUGCCGUUUCACAGUCUUAUCAUGCUUGAUACUGCAAUCACAUUGCAUAAACGGUUGUUCUUUUCAAUGGACGCCAUCUCAAAACACGCUACAGAGUUAACUAUUGGCUUAUAUCGAGGACUAUCCAGUCUGCGUCAUGCAAAUGGCCGGUUGGUAUGUGAGAUAUACAAGGAUAUGAACAGCACAUACGGCGAUAGCACAACACAGGGCCCAACUAUUGCUUUCAACAUUCGCAGGGCAAAUGGUGCACUGAUCCGGUAUGAUUACGUGGAGACGCUCGCAAGUGCUUGCAACAUCCAGAUCCGCACAGGUGGUGUGUGUAACCCAGGUGGCAUAGCCGGGCAUUUGCAACUAUCCAGCUGGGAAAUGCGCCGUAACUAUUGUGAGGGCUUUCGGUGUGGAGAACCAUUCAAAGUUCGCGGUGGAAAGACCCUUGGUAUCGUCCGUGCCAGUCUAGGUGGUAUGUCAUCUCAACACGAUGUUGAUACGCUUGUCAAAUUUGUGCAUCACUUUUUCGUUGAAACAGAAUUUCAUGAUUCGAGAACUAGCAAAAGUUUGGAUGCACCGCAACAGUUCUGGAUAGUGAAGAAAAUCCAGUUAUUCCCAAUUCUGCAUUGCCCAGGAUGGAAAUUGCCAGAACAUCAGUCUUGGGAGAUAGAAUCCAGUCGUCUAGCAAUGGAUGGAGAUUGGUGCUUAUUGGGUAAACUAUUCUUGGAAGGGAUGGUGCGUGGAGUAAACUCCAAAGUGGGUGUGAGUCUGUGGGAGCUUCCCCAAGGAGAUUGGGUCAAGGAUUCGUUAGAGCAGAUUCCUUCGAAGGCAUAUCGUGUUGCCCGACAGUUUACGUCCCAGGACAUCGAAGCGUUUUUUACAUUCAUAUUCGGAUUUCCGGCCACUCUUGCUCGUUUCUAUGAAUUCCAUGAUACAAUUCCGGCUCAGAUUUGGUCAGAAAAGAGCUUUGUCAAGCAAGGGUCGCAAGGUAUAAAUGUUCAGUUCGCCGGGGAUAUUGAGCAUGACGCUCAUAUAAUCCUCAGCCCGAAAACUGUGUUACAAGUGUCUCCUCAGAAAUACCCUAACUCUCUGCGGUUAGGAAGCCAGAGACUUAUUCUGAUGCAUCCAACAAACGAUGUGGGUCAAGACGAAGCUCAAGGAUCGCUAGCGCAAUACUACCGUCAUCCGGACGAAACAGAAACUCUUGUGUCUCAAAACACUGCCGUGAGAAUCGGCAACCCCGUGACAGGGUCAUGGCUGUUUCCGGCGAAGGAUAAGGACGUGGAUUUUCGGUUAUUCCAUUUCUGUUCAGUCGUUGGUUGUGGGGAAAAGCGCGAAGAAUACGGUGCCUUUAUUGAGCAUCUCACAAGUCACGCGGAAUCCUUUGUACCACCACACCAAAAAACGUGGCGGCAAGGGAUGAUAAAACUGUUGGCGUGCUUCUGUAGAUAAUCUCCAUGGUGAAGGAGACCUGAAAGCUAAGUAUGUCUGAAAGCAUCUCGGUAGGCGUAUACAGGCAGGGCUUUGCUACUGUUUGGGACGUAAUUGAGAUGUUAGUCAUUCAACAGGUGCACCAUCUUUUGCAGAUUCUGUUACAUUCAAUCUUGCGAUCGCAUCCUCGCCUUAGUUGUAGACCAUAGGAGUGUACUAGGUGGAAUGCAAUGUCCAAAGCAAGAGAAAUGGAGUCAU